AUGAUCCGUCUCAUUUUCCUUUUCGUCCUUUCGACUGCUCCCUCCUUUGGAAUUUCCUGCUACGGCUACAACGACUACCAAGAGGUCGUCGAGACCCUCCACCACCGUAAGUUCUGUACUGCGGUGUACGAGGUCUCCGAUGGCACCGGAGCCUUCGGAGGUGGUGAGAGACAUCCGUCUCGCAUCCCGAACGUCGUCAAUAUGACCAAAGGAAACGAUUGUGUCAUGCAGCACGUCCAAAGCAACCUCGGCAUUCCAUCGUCCGACAUGUGGCUGUGCUACUGUUACACAGAGAUGUGCAACUAUCCGUUCACUUGGAAAGAAUUCGUCAGCCGAGGAUACACCCUCAAACCGACCUAUGCCGCUGGAUUCGAGAAGAAGUGA